AUGGGAGUGGCGGACGAAGUGGCUCAGUUGUUCGACUGCAUACCAUCAACUGUUCGCCGCAUAUGGCGUCGUGGGUCCGUGAACCUCUCAGGAAGCAAGACCAUCUGUAGCAGCAUCAGCCAGCUCAAGAAGAGCACAUGUGGACGAAAGCGCCUACACAAGGACCUACCCAAGCGUAUUCAAGCCAUACCUCAGUCACGGCGCUACUGUGCAUCCCCAGGCUCGUUAGCCUGGGGAUGCCAAAAUCGAACCUGCACGACUACUUCAAACAAGGCGUCUUUACAAAGUACUCGAUGGGCGCUCGACCAUGUCUGUGACCGCGACGGCGCCAAGUUCUUUGACGACAUAUACGACACCGUUCACGUAGACGAAAAGUGGCUCGAGAAGAAGGUCCAUGGAGCCAUUGGUGAGAAGAUCAAGCAGCGGUCUUGCAAGUCCAAGCGUCACCUUCUCAAGGUCAUGUUAUUGACGGAUGUUGCCCGCCCACGAUGGGACGAGACAUGUGGCGAGUGGUUUGACGGCAAGUUGGGGACGUGGCACUUUAGUGAAAUCGUUCCAGCCCAACGCCGGAGCGGUCGUCGUGACGCUAGGACACCGGUCAUGAAGACUGUCUCCGUAACUCGUGAGACGUACAAGGCAAUACUGGUGGACAAAGUGUGCAAUCCGCGCCAAGUGGCCACGCGUGAUGUUGAUGUCGUCGCUGCAUACAAUGCGGAUGGCUGGGACAUGGAAGUGGUGUUUCAACCGCCUAACUCACCAGACCUCAAUGUCCUGGACCUCGGAUUUUUCCGCGCCAUUCAGGCCCUCCAGGCCGAAAAGCACUCGAGUAGUCUUGAGGAGAUUGUGGCUGCCACCGAUGCUGCAUGGGAUGUGGUCAGUACCAAGACACUCAACAAGAACUUUCUCACCCUGCAGAGAUGCCUCCAAGAGGCCAUUCUCAAUAAGGGUGGGAAUGACUAG